UUUAAAUAAUAUGCCAAAUAAAAAUCAAGAUUCACAUUAUAGAAUUAUUAUAGAAUUAAAAAAAAAUUCGUCCUAACCCCGUCCAUGGUACGGGUAGAUAUACUACUCCGUAGUUUAUAGUGGUGAGUGACUCCUCUGUAGUCUGUAGUCUGUACCUUCCAGCGCGUCAGCCUUUGUACCUUCCACCAUCCCGUUUAUCCCCCAGGCAAAAGAUUUAGGGUUUGUGUCCAACUGGAGCUGCCGCCGAUUUUUUAGCCAAUGGAUGGCGCUGCUGGACGCGGCAUUUCUCUUCCAGAUUCAUCAUCUCAGGCUUCUCGCAAAGAAUGGCGCGCUAUUUCCGAGCAAUCUCUGAGGAUUUCGACUAGCGAGGAGAUUGAUUGUUCAAAGUUAGGGCAGUCGGAUGAGAGAUUGGUGUACGAGCAGGGGAGAGAACCAGCUGAUGUUGACUUCUGCUCAAUCACUAUUCGCGGAAACCCAGACAAUGAUCUCCUGCAGCAGAGACUUCAUACUGUAAAGAAACAAAGAGAGGAGUUGCAACAUAUGGAGAUUGAGCUCCGGGCUCAAAUCAUUACUAGGUCCGAGAUUAUGGAGCUGCAGAAAGCUUUUGAUGCUGAAGUCCAAGAGCAGGCAAAUGCCGGUAUGAAACUUCAGGAGCAACUGCGUGAAAUGGACCAGAAGAUUUGCGAGUUGGAAAGAAGAAUGGAAGAGAAAGAGAGGGAGUUGCAGGCAAUAAGAUUGGACAACGAAGCGGCUUGGGCUAAAGAGGGUCUACUGAGAGAACAAAACAAAGAACUGCAAACUUAUAGGCGAGACAGGGACAACUCAGAAGCCGAACGAGUUCAAAAUAUUAAACAAAUUCAUGAACUUCAGGAGCAUAUUCAAGAGAAAGAACGUCAAUUCAUGGAAUUGCAGGAACAGAACAGAAUUGCUAAGGAAACCAUUAUUUACAACGACGAACAGAUGAGGGAAGCCCAUGCUUGGAUGAGUCGUGCUCAGGAAAUUGAAGCAUUCCAACAAGCUGAACUACGCGAACGAGCAGAACAAUAUAAUCAGCUUUGGCUGGCUUGUCAGAGACAGUUUGGCGAGAUGGAGCGUCUACACUUGCAUAUACAGCAGCUCCAAAUAGUACUGACAGAGGCAAGAGAAAGGAAUGGUACUUCCCCGGAUUGUUCUCAAGUUUCAGACGAAACUUCUAAAGGCACUUCACAGUAUGAGUUGAAAAAUGGCAGCAAACUUAAUGAGAACAGUAAUAGUCAGUCUUUUAGUGCAAACCCUAGAAAUGUUCCAAAUGGAAAUGCCGAAACUGCUCUGUCAAUAACUUCUGUUGGGAAUGUGUCUACUCAGUGUCAGAGUGAUCUCCAUGGUGUUGCACUUCAUCUUUCAUCUUUACAUGGGAUGCCAACCUUCAUGCAACCAGGUCAAAUCACUGCACUGCAUCCUUUUUUAGUGCAUCAACAGGGAGUCACCACUGUACCAUCACAGAUUCCUCACCAUCUUGGACACUUUCACCCUGUACCCUCGAUACCGUCUCUCCAACACUGGACUAACCAACAGGUUUCAUCGGAGGUUGGCUCGCAGAUGUCUGUUCCCAGUCAAAAUCAUCUUCAAAUGGAACCAACGUUGCUAAGACCAGAGUCUAGUUAUGAACAUGAUACAUCUAUCAAUGGGACAUUGCAUCAUCCAGAAAUUGAACCAAAGGCUUCCGUUGGAGUUUCAUGUGAACUGGGGCAACAGGUGGUUCUUCAGUCUGUGGGUGAGAAUUGCAUCCCUAGUUUGCAAACCCCACAGCGGGCUUUGCAAACUAUCUCUCCACAAUUCUGUGAUGCUUUGAAUAUUGAUCCUCUUGAACACAUUAAUAAGUUCCAGGGGAAGAACUCAAAUAGCCAUGGGGUCGAGGCAGAAGGGCUUAUAAUGGGAGAAGUUAGUUCUUCUACUAACAAGUCCUCCGCAGAAGUUUCAGAUCAGACUAGUCAUUCAAUUGAUAAAGUAAAAGAUGUUCUAUAUAAUGAUGCUGCCCCGCCUGAGAGAUUGAUUUGCACCGGUCAGAAUAAUGCACAUGCAUGUACUGGGAAAGCAGCAGAACCCAAUCUACUCAAAGAACAAGCACUACUGGCUUGCAUAGUUCGCACAAUUCCACCUGGUCCUGGUGGUAGAAUUAGGAUUAGUACAACGCUCCCAAAUAGGCUAGAGAAAAUGCUCUCUCCCCUACAUUGGCUUGAUUACCGAAAGAAAUUUGGGAAACUCGAUGAGUUUGUAGCUAGCCAUCCUGAAUUAUUUGUGAUUGAUGGAGACUACAUCCAACUUCGGGAAGGUGCUCAAGAAAUUAUAGCAGCCACAUCAGCUGCGGCUAGGGUUGCUGCUGCAGCCGCAGCUGCUGCCACGUCAUCAUCUAGUUCGUCAUGUUUGCCCUCUGUUGUUGCUGUGACUCCCAUGGCUCAGUCACAGUGGCUGAAGAAGACUUCUGGGGAUGUAGAGAAAGUGGCUGAUAACAUUUGUUAUGAGUUCAUGGCAAUGCAAAAUCAGCACUGUCCUCCCGAUGUACUUAUUGAAGGCAUCAUUCCAAGGGUGAAGGUCUUAAUGAAACCUAAGAAUGCCCCUAGAGACGCACCCACGGUACAAUUCUCUAUGAGCAAUACAAAUUUAGUUGGCAAAGAGCAAGCAAGGAUCGGUCGGUUUACAUCAAGCUCUAAAAGAUAGUUCCCAUUCCAUUGGUACAGAAGAUGGGACGCGGUUCGGGCCCAAACGUCUAUUUAAAGCAGUGUGCAGUGUUCUCAUUAAAAAAAAUGUUUGGAAAAACUUUCUGCCGGGAGUUAACUUUUUCUAUUCUUUUGGAUUUGCUGCCCAUAUCUUUUUGCCCUGCUUUAUACACCGGCAACCGAUGUACUGUAGUAAUUGUGAACUGGGCAUCUUAUGGACAGUUAAGUUAUUGGAGAAUUGGAAACAUGUAAUUAAAAUGCUGAUUUUGUUCCGUGAGUUCUUUUAUUGGUUACUACUAACAAAAUGCUCCGUAGUAAUUAAAGGCUUGAAACUAGU